UGAACAUUAAAUUUUUAAUUUCCAUCAGCUUUAAUCGGUACCCUCUAAUCGAUAUGGUAUUUUGAAGGUUGAUUUUCAUUCACACUCGAGCGAAUUCCGCGCAUCAAUAAUGGUAAAAUUGUGCUGUAUUCCGAUCUGUCCCAACUCGAGAGCCGGUCGGGGAGUCGACUGUUAUCCGUUUCCUUCCGCGGAUGCAGCGCUCCGGGGAAAAUGGAUCGACUUUGUCGGCGCGAAUGCGCGCAAGUUUCGCUGGAAAACCAAAUACAUAUGUGCCGAACACUUCCAUCAGCUGGAGCUGAUAGAGGCGGACGAUGGAAGGAGGGAACCGGCUGAAGGAGCUGUCCCAAUCGUGUAUUCACCGGAUGAGGACGAGGAAGACGAUUUGAUGGAACGGGAUGAUGUGAUGGUAUCGGGAAAAUCAUCGGAUCAAUCUUCUCAACCGGAGGGAUCAACCGCAGUGCGACCGUUGAGAGAGAUAGCCGAGCUGCGUUCGUUGUUUUGUCGAAUUUGUCUCAAGAAGGGGGAUGGUUUGAUUCCGCUCAACACAAAACUACACAAUGAGAAUCUUCUGGAUAUAAUCUACACGAUUGCGGGGUUGGCUAUCGAGAAUGAAGAGGAUCUUCCGACGAAGGUUUGCGCCAGCUGCGUUGAAAAGCUCGAUUUGGCUUUUAACGUUCGGGUGGAAUUUUUACAUUGCGAAGAGAUUCUGAGGAAUUUGAUCAAGAACAAGCAGCUGGAGGUUCACUAUCAAUCUUACGAUAAUCAUCUGAUUAAUUCGAGAAGCUGGAACGGAACGUACCUGAACAAUUUGAUGGACAAUGUUAAGCAGGAUAUCACCAUUGAACAACCAGGAGUGCUCUUGGAUUCGAAAGUAAAUGCUACGAAGUCGGUUAAAAUCGAGCCGGUUGUGGUAGAUUCAGCAGGAGAUGAAUUGCUGGAAGAAAUGGAGGAGGAGCAUUUGUAUGACGAAGAAGAAUUAAACUGUGCUGAAGAUAUAUCAGCUGAACAGGAAGCAGAAGAUGUCAAGAAUCGUUCACCGCAGGAAAGCAGAGCCAAAAAAUUGAUAGUAAAGAUCGAACCCGAUUCGGAAGAAGAGCAGGUUUCCACGACAAAGUAUGUCUAUUCGUGGAAGGAGUUGUGCAAACCGAAACGCAUUCAACAGCCAAAAGAAUACAAAAUCUCAGAAGAACUGCCGGAACCGGAUCUGGUUCCCCAUACCUGCUACGUCUGUGAUACGGUACACGAAGAUGCGGACGCACUUGAGAACCACAUUGAGGAGCAUGUCCGUCUCUUGCCCUACACUUGCGACCAGUGCAGCACCGAAGAAGUUCCGCAGGUGCUCAAAUCUUUGAUCAGCCUCAACAAGCAUCUCCAGACUCAUCAGUUUCCGUACCCCUGCGACUACUGUCCGUUGAGGUACCUGAGCAGACGAGCCUACAUUACUCAUAUGCGCUCUGUCCAUGAGGAAGCCGACAAAGACGGAUACACUUGCGAUGAUUGUGGACAGCAUUUCGCUCGAAAACGCACGUUCUCCGUUCACUUGUAUAAGCACAAGGCCAUCAGAGAAGGGAAAUACAAAUGCGAACAUUGUGGCAAAGCGUUCAGCGGUCCGGCGCUGCUGAAGCGACAUCUCCGGAUUCACACAGGCGAGAAGCCGUUUGAGUGCAAAAAGUGCGGCAAAAGGUUCAACCACGAGUCGAUUUUCCAAGUGCACAAGCGAACCCACAUUGGCGAAAAGGCUCACGUCUGCUCGGAGUGUGGUAAAAAGUUUAUCAUAGCUACUGAACUGCGGUACCACAUGGCCGAUCACUUCCCGGACGAUCCACGAUAUCGGACGCAAAAAACCGCCUCAUGGGUGCGCUACGAUGGCGUCGUUAGCGAUGGUUCUGCUCGCUCUGUUCGCAACGCUACGGGUCCAAAGGAACGAAUUUGUGAAUUUGAAAACUGCGGCUACGUUACCACAUCGGCCCAGAAGUGGCACUACCAUUGUGCGACUCACGCCAGAAAGUUCCAAUGCGAGAUCUGCGCGCGGCGUUUCCCCACCAACCAAACACUGGUCAAACAUGUCGAAAAGGCCCACGAGGGAAAGGUGGCGGAGAAAACCCGACCCUGUCCGUACUGCCAGAAGAUGUUCAGCAGCAACCAGAAACUGCAAGGUCACGUGGACAUCCACGAGAACAACCGCCGGCACAAGUGUAGGUUUUGCGACAAAAGUUUUGUGCAGCUGGCAAAUUGUAUAGCCCACGAGCGGAUACACACCGGCGAGCGACCGUACUCUUGUCGGGCAUGUCCGUCGGCAUUCAUCUCAUCGUCCGGUCGCAAGAAGCACGAGAAAAAACAUCCCGAGCUGGACUAAUGCUCAUUAAAUAUUGCUGUAACACAAUUAGUUAAAAAAUGUUUUAUUUUAUAUAUAUAACCAGUGAUCAUCAUA